AUGGCAUCCGACGAAGACGACCAGCGAGUGCCUCUGAAAGAACAGCUCCGACUCUUCCGGAGGCUGGCCGUUCCCUACUUUGAGCAAGCCGAGGGCGCAAAGCUCCAGUUUGCUUUGCUGCUGCUGCUCGUGUUGAUCGACGCCGGCGUGUCCGUAGUCUUCUCGUAUGUGGGGCGCGACUUUUACUCUGCGCUUUCCGCCAAGGACCAGGCGCUCUUCAUCGAGAAGACCGCCAACUUUGCGGUCGGCCUGGCCGUCGCCACGCCCCUCACGGUCCUCUUUCGGUUCCAACGGUCGCGGCUGGCGCUCAACUGGCGCGCGUGGAUGACGACCGAGCUGGCCCGGCAGUACUGCACGGACCAGACCUUCUACCAGAUCGAGCUGGACCCGCGGGUGGACAACCCGGACCAGCGGCUGACAGAGGACAUCAAGGCGUUCACGGCUGUCUCGCUCGACUUUGGCAUCGACCUGAUGACGUCCGUCAUCGACCUGGUCUCCUUCUCCGGCAUCCUGUACUCCAUCUACCCCGAGCUCUUCUACGUGAUCUUCGCCUAUGCCACCUUCGGCACACUCACCACCCUGCAGCUCGGCAAGACGCUGGUCGGGCAGAACGCGCAGGUCCUGCUGCGCGAGGCCAACCUGCGCUACUCGCUCGUCCGGCUGCGCGAGAACGCCGAGUCGAUCGCUUUCUACGGCGGCGAGGCGCAGGAGGCGAGGGAGGUGCGCGACCGGCUGGAGGGUGCCGUCGAGGGCCGGCGUGCGGUCCUCGGCACGCAGCGCAACCUCGAGUUCUUCACCACUGCCUACCGGUACGCCAUCCAGAUUCUGCCGGUCCUGGUGGUCUCGCCGCUCUACUUUGCGGGCACCAUCGAGCUCGGAGUGAUCACGCAGAGCUCGGGCGCAUUCAACAGCAUCCUCGACGACCUCUCGCUCAUCGUCAACGAGUUCGAGGGCAUCUCGAGAUUCUCCGCCGGCCUCCGCCGCCUCACGGCAUUUGGCGACAGCGCGGCGCCAUCGACACCGCCGGUGCCCGCCCCACCCUCGCCGUCGCCGCUGCCAUUUCGUGCGCUCGCGAUCGACGACCUGAGCCUCCUCACGCCCGACGGAUCGCGCCUGCUCUUUGCCAACGUCUCGCUGACCGUGCGCUGCGGGGAGCACCUGCUAGUCACUGGCCAGUCUGGCGCCGGCAAGUCGUCGAUGCUUCGCGCGAUCGCCGGCCUGUGGACGCGCGGCUCCGGCAUCGUGACGCGCCCGCUCACGGCGGACACGAUGUUCUUGCCGCAGCGGCCGUACUGCGCGCUCGGCUCGCUGCGCCAGCAGCUCGUGUACCCGCGGCCGCUCGAGGAGUGGUCGGGCGCCGAGUGGACGGGCACCGACGACGCGCUGCUGCGUGCACUGGGCGAGGUGCAGCUCACACGGCUCGCGAGUGAGGGGACAGCGGGGCUGGACGCCGUGCGCGACUGGGCGGACGAACUGAGCUUGGGUGAGCAACAGCGGCUCUCGAUCGCGCGAGUCCUCCUCCGCAAGCCGCGCCUCGCGAUCCUCGACGAGGCCACUUCGGCUCUCGACCUGGAGAAUGAGGCCCUACUAUACAACGCGCUCGGCCAGCUCGAGGGGCUGACGUACCUGUCGGUCGGGCAUCGCCCUUCGUUGCUAAACUUCCACGCGUCACGGCUGCGGCUCUAUGGCGUGGAGCGGACACCGUGCUAUGCCGUUGAGACGAUCGGAUAG